AUGAGAGCUUUCUUGCUCCGCAGCCAUCUUGGCAGCUGCUCGAAAAAGUCACUGGAGUUGAUCAACUCUAGGCUCCAACUCGUUAUGAAAAGUGGAAAGUACGCGCUGGGGUACAAGCAGACUCUGAAAAUGAUCAGACAAGGCAAAGCGAAACUGAUCAGCCUCGCCAACGACUGCCCAGCCUUGAGGAAAUCUGAAAUAGAGUAUUAUGCCAUGUUGGCCAAAACUGGUGUCCAUCACCACACUGUCAAUAAUAUUGAAUUGGGCACAGCGUGUGGAAAAUACUACAGAGUAUGCACACUGGCUAUCAUUGAUCCAGGUGAUUCUGUUAUCAUUAGAAGCAUGCCAGAACAGACCGGUGAAAAGUAAAUCAUGCACAAUUUUUCUUUAAUAAAACUGGCCA